GUGCAAACGACUCGAGAGCCGCUACUUCUCCUGCUCUUUAAGCUUUUAGACCCUUUAUAAUCAUGCGGUGAGCGAAUUCGUGUCCUUGUUAUUCUUUUUUGGGAGUCUAGAAGUAUAUUCUUCUCGCUUUUGUGGAUUAAAGAGAGAGAAAGAUGUCCGCGAUCAACGCGAACCAACUCCUGAACGAGGAGGCACAGAAGAGCCGAACCGGAGCCGAGCCGGAGGUCCCAGACGCCGGGGUGCUCCCGCCGCAGACCGUGUACGUGAUCCUGGAUUCAGCAGAGUCUUUCAACCUGGUCCGAGUGGAGUCUGGAAUCGUGGCCGACAUCGAGGUGGACAGUCUCCUCCCUUCAGACACUGACACCUUCUACCAGAUCAAGAGCCAGCCAAUCAGCAUCAGUUCCUCUGGAGCUACUUCGUCCUUGUCGUCUUCUCUGCCCUCAGCUAUGUCCUCCAGAGUUCUUCUUCGCCAGGACCUAAUGAGGCAGCAGGCUUUGGAACAGCAGCAGAAGGAGCUGCAGAAACAGAAGGCCCCAGCUCAGAGCUCUGAGCCGAUCCAGGUCUCACUGUCCUCAGGCUCUGGGGCUCCAGCACAGGUCCCUCUAGAGGUCCUCAAGGUGCAGACUGGUCUGGAGAACCCAACCCGGUACCACAUCCAGCAGGCCCAAAGACAACAGGUCAAACAAUACUUAUCCACAACUCAGAGCAAAGCAGCCAAUCACGAUGCAACAAAGAGGCAGACAGAUCCUGCCCUCAAAAGAGACUCCACCCACAAGACCAGCCCAGCCCCACUCAGCCCUAAACAAGAGAUGGAGGAGGCGGUGCUUGAAGACAUUAUCAGCCUGGAGUCAAGUCUGAACGAUGAAUAUUUGACCCUGUUCGACCCGGGACUGCAGCUCGCCACAACGAUGCCAGAUGUGGGGGCCCUGGACAUGUACAGCAGCAAAGGGUUGGCCACACCCUCUGUCACUGUUAGCAACAGCUGUCCCGCUGAACUGCAUGCCAUCAAACACGAGAUCCACGAUGUAGACACCAAAGCCCUGAUGAAAGAGAGACAGAAGAAGGACAAUCACAACCUCAUUGAGAGAAGGAGACGGUUCAACAUAAAUGACAGAAUCAAAGAACUGGGUGUUCUGAUUCCCAAGUCUAGUGACCAAGAGAUGCGAUGGAACAAAGGGACCAUCCUGAAGGCCUCGGUGGACUACAUUAGAAAACUACAGAAAGAACAGCAGCGAGCGAGAGAGAUGGAGGACAGACAGAGGAGACUGGAAAGUACCAAUAGAUCAUUGCUACUACGAAUACAGGAGCUGGAACUUCAAGCUCGUCUCCAUGGCAUCUCUUCUUCCUCCACCGCCUCACUGGACCACCCCAUGACGCAGCCUCUUCUGCCUCCCACCUCUCCGGCCCUCGACCCAUCCGUGUCCCCAGCACUGGUGUCCCCUCUAGGGCUAGACUCUCUCAGCUUUACCGAUACCUCUUUGGAAGACCCUCUGGAGGAGGAAGCACGGGGAGGCAGAAGCAGUCUCUUCUCCCCAGGUUUGGAGGCUCUCUCUGGGCUGGGCGAUGGCCUGGAUCUGGGUCUUGGGGUGGAUGUGUUAAUGGAGGAGUGCGGCGCAGAUCCUCUGCUUUCCUGUGGGGCGUCCAAGUGCAGCAGCCGGAGGAGCAGUUUCAGCAUGGAGGAGGAUCUCUGAGGUUACACACAUUUGCAGUAUAUAUUCAACGGACUAUUACAAGUAGAGAUGUUUUAAGUCAAACUGGCUUGAAAUAGAAUCAACAGUGAUCACCACCACUUGGUUCAGGAAGUAAAUGUCCUAUUCAUUUUUCCAAUAGAUUUUCUAAAAAAUAGUAAUAUUAAAUUUUGAAAGCUUGUUUGAGGGUUAUCAUCUGUGUGGUAACUGAAAAAAGACCUACAGAUAUAUUUAAAAUCUGUUUCUGAAACUUUAUAAAUUGCUAAGUUAUUAUAACAUUUCGGCAAUGUUUUAUUUUGUUUUAUUUGGUUUGAAAACAGUCGCAUUAGUUACGACAAACAUUCUUCAAACACUCUUAAUAUUGUAAUUUUUGGAAAUGUCCAUGAGGAAAAUGAAUGAGCGACUAACCACAGCAGCAGGCUUCGAAGUGGACGGGACUCUCUAUGCUCAACAAUGCACCAUUCAUUUUGGACUAACCAUCUCCUCCUUAUAACUGAUCCUAAAGUUAAACUUAAGGACUGUUUCAUCACAUCAACAAACAGCAAAGGAUUAUGGAUCUAUUUACACAUUAUUUCAACACUCCAAUUACUGCAAUUUUUUAUGUAUCUUUUGAAAUGUCUUUUGUUUUGAAAUGCUGGCUUUUGCUUAUCAUGCUGUAUUCACAAAUUUGUAAGUUAAAUCACAAUUUAUAUCUUUUAUUAAAGGGGCCCUAUGCCACUUUUUUAUGGAGAUUCUGCCACCUGGUUGUCUCUAUGGAGAUGCUAUUGCAUUGCUUGAAAUGUCCUAUAGUACAACAUUAAACUUAUAUAUCUUGCAUUUAGUUUAUUACAUAUGUGUUAUUGCUCAAAACCCCUUGAAAAACAGGCAUUCUUACUGUGGGCGGUGUUGCCUCUCCACAGAUCUGACCAGUAACUUCUAGUGCAGUUUACUGCCAUACUGUGUAACAUUCCAGGCAAAGUAAUAACAUCUCCAUGGAGAAAAGCAGGUUUCAGACCCUCUACCAGAAAAAGUUAGUGCACCUUUAAAUGUUGUAAAUAUGAAUUAUGAAAAAAUUUUAACUCGCUGUCACUGUUAUACGGUAUAUAUGAAAUAUACGAUACUCAGAAAGGAGCCUGCUAUUUGGUACAUGAUACAGAUCAGAGACAGUUUGGAGAAUACAGACUUAUUCAGAACAAACCAAAUGUACAACAGGACCAAGUUAACCUUUUACCUGGUCUCUGUCAUUCAUACAUCUCCAGAAGUUAGUAGUACUUAUAAAAAUUGUGUCUUAUUAUUCAUUGGUUUAUUUUCUAGGGCUGUUUUUAUCUGCUCAUCUUUUUAGGCUCAUAAGGGAAACCAUUAUAUUAGUUCAUAUAAAGGACCACAUUUAUUUCAUGCUGGACUCUUGCUGUAUUAGUUUUGUACCUGUAUGUAUAUACUUUACCUUUACUUCAAUGUUGAGCUAACCCUGCUACAGAGCAAAGCUAUUUAAAAUGGAUUCUUGCGUUUAGUCACUUGCUGUAUGGUUGAGUCACAAUCAAAUGAAAUCAUGCUUGGCACAUCACAAUUUUGUAUGUGUUAAUUUUCUUUACUAACUUAAUUAACCUUUUCUUGCCAAGAUAUUGAGAUGUAUUCAAGGGACCAUUCGCCUACAUCCAUCCAUGUUUUUAUUUGAUGCACUGAUUUGUCUUUAGGGAUGGGAAUAAAAGAAAUGCAAGUGUCUUUUAGGGCACAUGGUUAAAAAAAAAAAGCAUGUUGUGAGUUAUUAGCCAAACACCAAACCAGGUCUACACUAUUUCCCCGUAAAGUUACUGUUACAUUAUUUAGAUUUUCAGCCCUUGAUUCACGCUCUUUUUUGUUAUUAUUUUUCUCUUACUGUUAAAAGUGAUUUUAUGCUGAAGCACUAAAAUAAGGGAACAACAUUCACACAUCUGUCUGUA